AUCUCAAGAUGUUUUUUCAACGUCCAGUGUCCGAGUCUAGAUAUCUGGAUCCAAAUCCUCUUAGACGAAAGUUUUGUGGAUGCAUGUCUUUAAGAGCAGGCUGUGCUGUGGCGUGUGCGAUAUGGAUUGGCAUCAAUAUUUUUAUUGCUGCUGAAUCAUUUCAAGGAUACACACCUAUUUUUUCGUUUUUAAACAAGCCAGCAUUAAUAACAUAUGGUUCUUUGUCUAUUGCCUUUGCUCUAGUAGCUCUCCUAGUAUUGUAUGGUUUGUUUGUUGAUACGCCACUAGCACUCCAAGCAGGCGUUGUUUUUUUAGUGUUUAUCAUACCUAUUUACUUGCUUGAUAUGCUUGCGAAUGUAUUUAUAUUCGGUAUACAAAAACCAUCUUAUCUAGACUGGUGUUCAACAUCCUCUAUAAGCCAAAUGUUAGAUGAAAGAAUAUCAGGUGCUUCUACAAAUGGCACUGUCUCUACCCUUGACUCUAUCAUACCACCGAUUCCUAUCUAUCACUGUCAAAAGCUAUGGGAAGAUGAGAUCAAGUUUUCGCUUGCUGUCUGGAUCAUUAUGUGUAUUUGCUAUAUUUACUGGGGAAUGUGUGUAUUUUAUUACUAUGAAAAGCUUCGAGAAUUAUUUCCUAUACAGUCCAGUUAUCCAAGUGGUGGUUUCAUGAAUUACUUGUAUGCUCCAGGUCGAUUUUUAACGCCGUAUUCAUUUAGAAAUACAGCACCGUCUUCCAAAGUGUAAGAUAAUGUACAAAUGGUUCAAUAAUAAAAAAAAGAUAUUGUUUCUAUAAUGUAGUGUUGGUAGUGGGUGCCAUAGACUUCAUUUUUUCACCCAGCAUAAACUGAAUCGACAUAUAUUUUGCUACACAGCGGUCAAUACAUUUCUGCUCUCCCUUGUUUAAAUCUGGUUCGUGAUAGUUGGAGGGAAUACAUUUUUCUUGACAAGCAGACAUAACUCUAUUUUGAGUGAGACAUAAUUUUUUUUCUUUUUCUGCUACCUGUUGAACAUGCCCAUAAAAAUAUCUACUUGUUGUUCUGCUUCUUGAAGGUGUUGAGGGUCAACAAAAUUUUGUGCAUAACUACCACUCCAACUCAUUUUCUUU